GACACGCAGGGAGCUCGGGGUGGAGGGCGGGGGAGGUCACGUGGGCGCCGGCAGCGCGACUCUCGGCCCUGGGCGCUCUGCGGCCGCCAGCUCCCGCGACCGCCGCCCCUGCCCCUCGCUGGUGCCUCAGCAAGGUGCGUUGCCGCCAGGUACGCCCUCGCCAGGUGCCGCUAGAAGCGCCAGGCUGGGGCCGCCUCCGAGCGCCCCGCGGGGGCCAUGGAUGGUGAAACAGCAGAUGAGCAGGGGGGGCCUGUGCCCCCGUCAGUUGCACCCGGCGGACCCGGCUUGGGCGGUGCUCCAGGGGGGCGGCGGGAGCCCAAGAAGUACGCAGUGACCGACGACUACCAGUUGUCCAAGCAGGUGCUGGGCCUGGGUGUGAACGGCAAGGUGCUGGAGUGCUUCCAUCGGCGCACUGGGCAGAAGUGUGCCCUGAAGCUCCUAUAUGACAGCCCCAAGGCCCGGCAGGAGGUAGACCAUCACUGGCAGGCUUCUGGUGGCCCCCACAUUGUCCGCAUCCUGGAUGUGUAUGAGAACAUGCACCAUGGCAAGCGCUGUCUCCUCAUCAUCAUGGAAUGCAUGGAAGGUGGUGAGUUGUUCAGCAGGAUUCAGGAGCGUGGCGACCAGGCUUUCACUGAGAGAGAAGCUGCAGAGAUAAUGCGGGAUAUCGGCACUGCCAUCCAGUUUCUGCACAGCCAUAACAUCGCCCACCGAGAUGUCAAGCCUGAAAACCUGCUCUACACAUCUAAGGAGAAAGACGCAGUGCUUAAGCUCACUGAUUUUGGCUUUGCUAAGGAGACCACCCAAAAUGCCCUGCAGACACCCUGCUAUACUCCCUAUUAUGUGGCCCCUGAGGUCCUGGGUCCAGAGAAGUAUGACAAGUCAUGUGACAUGUGGUCCCUGGGUGUCAUCAUGUACAUCCUCCUUUGUGGCUUCCCACCCUUCUACUCCAACACGGGCCAGGCCAUCUCCCCAGGGAUGAAGAGAAGGAUCCGCCUGGGCCAGUAUGGCUUCCCCAAUCCUGAGUGGUCAGAGGUCUCUGAGGAUGCCAAGCAGCUGAUCCGCCUCCUGUUGAAGACAGACCCUACAGAGAGGCUGACCAUCACUCAGUUUAUGAACCACCCCUGGAUCAACCAAUCGAUGGUGGUGCCACAGACCCCACUCCACACAGCCCGAGUGCUGCAGGAGGACAAAGACCACUGGGAUGAAGUCAAGGAGGAGAUGACCAGUGCCUUGGCCACUAUGCGGGUGGACUACGACCAGGUGAAGAUCAAGGACCUGAAGACCUCUAACAACCGGCUCCUCAACAAGAGGAGAAAAAAGCAGGCAGGCAGCUCCUCUGCCUCUCAGGGCUGCAACAACCAGUAGCUCAUGGGACCUUGGAGGAGCCUGGCCCCUCAGCCUGUGUGACAGACUAGAAUGUGCUGAGGCCCUGGCCAGGAGGGCCCAGGGUCAUUCUUUUAACAAAAGGAUUAUUUUAUUGUGUUUUAAUUUGUCACAUGGAACUUCAGGAUGGAGGACCCUGACCCUAAACCUCCUUCAGAUCUCUGGCCCAGGCUCAAGCCCUAGAGAUGGGCAGGGCCUAGGGGCUGGGAGCUGCCUGCUGCCAUAGCAGCACCUUUAGCCAGGAUGGCCUGAGUGAGGCCUCUGUGCUGUCCUGCCCUGGUGCAUGGCCUUAGCUUUCUAGGCCACUGGGAGUUGUGGCUGGGCUUCCCAUCUUCCACAUCUUCCACAGAGACAUCCCACUGCGGGGUGGGCAGAUGGGCCUGGCCUUGAGAAAGGCAUUGGCCAUUGGUUGCCAUGGUGACCAGGGACCACAUUACUGCCUGUGAAUGCUGAGUGAGCGAGUAAGGGAGGAGGGGCAACUGAGGGUUCACCUCUGCCUUCUUGGGGAGGCUGAUUUCUCGCACACUGGCUGGUCCUCUCAGUCUCACUCCUCCUUGGGCUCCCCGAGGCUGCUGGAUCUGGUCUGCCUGCUUCCCUGUGCAGUCCAGCCCUGCCUUGCUGCAGCCCAGCCCAGAGGGAACUCAGCACUCUCUCCUGAGGGAGUCCCUGGGCCUAGUUAUCCCCUCACUACUCCCUACCCAAAUGGUGGCUUUUCAUCUGAACUUAAGGUGGGGGAUAUUUUUAACCUUUUUCCACUUUGGAAAAUGUCACUGUAAGAAAAGCCAGUAUACUUUCCCUGCACCCAUCUGCUCACCAGAUCUCAGGCAGGAAAGCCCCUCUCUGUUGAUGUCAGGGGCUAUCUUUUGGUGUACUUGUGUGAAAGUGGCUGGUUGGGAGCAGGGCCAAGAGGCUUCCCAUUAACCUGAGGUCUCUUUCUUUACUCUGGGUCAGACCUGAGGUUGGGGAAGGCGACUGAGCCAUGCUCAGAACAUCUGGUCCUGGCUUGGGCCUGAGUGGGGCAGAGAGGGCCUUUCCUGGCUGAUCAGUCCUUACCAGCCCCACCCCACCAUGGUAGCCUCAGGGUGCCGAGUGCCUGGUGCUGCCUGACAAGUGCCUGACACCCAGCCUAGUUCCUUCCUGGCCCCUCUCUCACUGGCUGGAAAACCCUAGACCAUGUCAGAUAGGACAACACUGCUGGGUUUUACAUCCAGAUAGUAAUAAACACCAUUUCAUCAUUUU